CGCGAGGAACGCUAGAGACAUACUCGUUUUGUUUCCAGCACUCAGAUUCCCGGUAGAAAUAAGACGAGUUAGGUAAGCGCUCUCCUCAUCGUCAACAAAUGCAGUGUUUUGUAUUCCUGGCGGCGAAAUCGAUUUAGAUUGAUUGAAAUCUCGGAAGCUCGCGCCCGAUUGAUUGUUCAUUGUCCAACUCCGUACAGUUUCAUUCAAAAGGAGAACAAUAAGCCACUUGGUACUUUCCGAGCCCAUUGAGUUCCGAUAACGAACGGCAAGGUCGCUCUGCGAACUCCCGUCCCCAAACAUGGGCAACAUCGAUGUACCGGCAGCCUGGGAGGCACGAGCAGAAAUUCCACGGAAGAUCCGCGACGAUUCGCUGCUCAAGGUGCAACCCCCAUUACGAGGGAUGCCCGCCGUGCCGCCACAGAACUCGCAGACUCUGCCCAAUUUGGUGUUGACACCGAGAGAAUUAGAGCUUACACAGGGUUACUCUGCCAACGAGCUACUUGCUAAGCUGAAAACAAAAGAGCUUUCGUCGGAAGAGCUCACGCGAGCAUUUCUUCGCCGCGCUGCCGUAGCGCAGCUUGCUACAAACUGUUUGACGGAACUAAUGUGGGAUGACGCUAUCCGAAGAGCAAGGUACUUAGACUCUCUACCUGAGCCUAUAGGGCCGCUGCAUGGUCUGCCUAUCUCCGUGAAGGAACAUCAAGGAACUAAAGGGGAAAAUCAGCAAGCGAAUGGAUCCUACGUUGCGUAUGUUGGCAAACACCAAGGCUCAACUCUUAUAUUGGAUAUUCUCUGGGAUGCAGGCUGUGUAUAUUUUGCUCGCACGACACAACCUCAGACACUAAUGCAUCUGGAGACCGACAGCAAUAUCUACGGUAGGACUGUAAACCCCUACAACAGGAACUUGACCUCCGGUGGAAGCAGUGGAGGAGAAAGCGCUUUAAUCGGCCUAAGGGGUAGUGUUCUAGGUCUGGGAGGAGAUAUUGGUGGAAGCAUCAGAGUUCCCGCAGCACAUUGCGGUAUAUACGGAUUCAAACCCUCGGCGCAACGGCUUCCUAUUGCGGGUGGGACAGACCACAUGGUCGGAAGGGAAAGCAUUCUUGCUACGAACGGUCCCAUGGCGACCGAUAGAGACUCUCUGGAACUCUUCAUGAAUAUCGUCAUUGCUUCCGAGCCCUGGAGAUUGGAGCCUGCCAUCAGGUUUCAACCUUGGGUCCCUUAUCACUUUAGCAGGCCUCUGAAAGUUGCUGUGCAAUGGUGGGAUGGCGUGGUGAAGCCUCAUCCACCCAUGAUACGUGCCCUAAGUGAGGUUUCUGAAGCCUGCAGAUCAGCAGGAAUGCAUGUCGUCGACUGGAAUUGCGAAGAUUUGGACCAUCGCAAAGGUUGGGAGAUACUCUCUGCACUAUACUUCCCAGAUGGAGCAAAGGAAGUCCUCGGUUUGCUUGAAAAAGCUGGAGAACCAGUUCUGCCAUUGACUAAAUGGAUCACCACUGCGCAGCCAACUGUGAAAGACCUCGAUCUCCAUGAGAUGUGGCGGCUCUGUACAGAAAGAGAUGCGUUCCGGACGAAGUAUGCGCGCCACUGGACGAAUACCAUGAACGAGGACGGUCACGAAGUGGAUGUGAUCCUUUGCCCUCCAUACUUCGGCGCUGCUUCACCUCAUGAAAUGUCACGAUAUUGGGGUUAUUCAAGUAUAUGGAACCUGUUGGACUAUCCUGCUGCGGUCUUCCCAGUAACCAAUGUGGACCCGAGCAUUGACAAGGUUGUGGAUUAUCAGCCGAUAAACCAUGAGGAUCGGUUCGUGCAUGACCUGUACGACCCAGAUACUUACGCAGGUGCUCCUAUAAGUCUCCAAAUCGUUGGGCGAAGACAUCGGGACGAGAAAGUCCUUGCGGCAUUAAAGGCGAUUGAGCAUGCGAUGGGUAGAAAAUGAUUGCAG